GAACACAGAUAUAUACUUGAAAGUGACUAACAUAGGCUUAGAGUCUUCUAUCCUCAAUCAUCAAAACUAAGAACGAAUCUUGAUUCCCUCAGAAUUGGGCGGGACAUCUAAAUUAAAUGUUUUGGCGGCAGACUGUGAUAUGAUCCCAUUUCCAAGUGGGAGCGUCGACAGUUUUGCGAACCUGCUUUCUGUCCCUCAAAACCUUCUUAAUGCUUCUCUACUGAGUGCGAAUGGGCUGAAUAUUCAAAGUCUUACAGGCCAGCCGUCUGGUCUACAUUUCGCUGGACACCCAUCCCCCAUGAGGAAUCUAUGUAUGGGUCUUGCCGUGCCAAUCAUAAAUGCAGCCAGCGUAAUCCCGGUUGCAAAUUUGGGAGUUGGUGUUUUGCCAUCUGUUCCUUAUGGGUCUGCAGGAUGCCUUAACCCACUUAUGUACUAUCAUGCUGCUGUAGGACAUACAGACCAAUCAUCCAUUCCUUCUCAUAAUACUGGGCCUCCCGAUUCGGCUGCUCAUACUAUUGUUCGCGGCCCAGUGUUGUAUAAAAGCGCGUUCAGCCGGGCUAUGUGAUGUGAGCCAUACUCAAAAAAAAACGCUCCAACCCUACGCCUCUCUCUCUGUCUCGUUCUCUGUCCACUGGUUAAUGGCCAAUCAAGAGACCAUUAGUACAAAAGCUAAAGAAGAAAGUCCACCAGAUCGAAUUGUAGCCUCAUAUGCUGCUGCAGCGCAUGCCGCCGCACUAGCCUGUCAUCAACCGAUUUCAAGAGCUGCUGAGGCGUAUUUAGCAACAACGUGUUGUAACAGUCGAUCGCGGCAUUCAUCCAAGCGGUCUCGAACUGUAAAUCAUUUGACAACUACGUCUACAUUACUCACCACCUCCACCACAACAACAACCACCUCUACGGGGAACAAUAGAUCAAAUUUCAAUUAUGCUACAUCGCUGGCCAGUUUAGCGUUAUUACCGUCAACGACAACAUCUUUUAUUCCAUCGGAGACAAAUUCUGUGGAGUCACAUAAAGGCUGGACUCGUAAAGUUGAUCGGAAAGCUAAUACUGUUGUGUAUAUAUCGUCUGAUGGUAUUCAUAUGCACAAUGUUGAUGAUGUGUAUGCCUAUUUAUCAGCGAAAUAUCCAUCAGAGUGUUUGAAUAAUCCAAACGUUAAAGAAAUGAUUGCAACUCAGUUUAUAUUUACUCCAACAAAUAAUAAUAAUAAUAACAAUAAUGCUACCAUACAUUCACUUACAGAUACAAUAAAGUUUGUGCAUAGUUUACAAGUAUCUGCUUUAAAGAAUAAUGCUAAACAAGAUGAUGAUGAUGAUAAUAGUACUGUAAGUCGACUGAACACUACUCACUCUCCAAGUAAAUCAUCUACUACUAUUUCAAAUAGUGUACAUAACUCAUCGCCGGAGAAGACAUCCUCCAUAUGUCGUAUAAAUUUCAAUCCUGAUCAUCAUUCAGCAAAUAAUGGCAGUUCACCAGCAAAACGAUCAAAAUUAUCUGAUACUUCUUGUGUUAUUAUAAAUGGCGAGUCUAACGAAUUGUCGUCUGUAUCCUUCUCAUCAUCAAGUGAUGCUUAUACUGUCUGUUCCACACAGUCCUCUAUUUCUUCCAAUCCUAUUGAAUGCUCUGUAAAACAGGAUCUUUCAAAUGUCAGCAAUACUGUUGUCGACACUUUGACAAGAGAUAGAGGAGGUGCAUGUAUACAGUCGAGUGACUUGGACAGUGAUCAAUGCUGCUCAAACAGUGAAACUGUUUCAACACUAUCCGCCAACACGACUUACACAAAUGAUAAUAUAUCGAAUAGAACUAGUCAAAAUAACAUUGUACAGAAUGGUAAUAAUAAUAAUAAUAUAAUUGCUAAACUUACCACUGAAACACUAACAACUGGUGCUCUGCGUAACUCUAUGCCAUCAUUUACCACUGAAAUUGUCCCUUCAGUUUUUUCAUCACCGCUGAACAAACCAAUGGAGCAUCAAAUUGGCACAGAUUUAACAAAUUUACUCACGGAUCCAUGUCAGUUGAAUUUCAGUACUGGUUCAUCGAAUGCUUUACAACAGCAACAACAACAACAACUGGCUUCAAUGAUGAAUCAUCCUUUACUGCUUGAACAAAUAUUAGCGAUAAAUCGAUUAGCACAUAUUCAACAACAGCACCAACAACAACAAGUGAACACUACUCAGUUGACAACGGCAACACAAAAUACUAUAGAAGGCGGUAAUAGCUUAGGUAGUCAACAGUCUUUAUCACCAACUAAUCCUAUACUUUCAUCAUUAACCAAUUCAUGGAUAUCAUCAGCAUCAAAUCUACAACCGACAACUACACGAAUAACCUCCUUGCAAGAAUUGGCAAUGAAUAAUAAUCCUGCUGUGAAUAGUUUGAGUGCUGUUCUUCAACAACACCAGCAGGUUCAACAACAACACCAACAACUGCUGGCUCUUGCAGCUUUACAACAACAACACCAACAACAUCAGCACCAGCAACAACAACAACACCAGCAAGCUCAGUUCCUGGCUGUACUUCAAGCUGCUGCCUUACUCCAGCAACAACAACAACACCAACAGCAGAGCGGUAAUAGCCCAAUAAUAGUUUGGCAUCUGUUCUGGCAUUACGCCAGCAACAACAACAGCAGCAACAGUUGGCGGUUGCUGCUGUCCAAGCUCAAACGUAUCUCGCCGCCGCCUUACAACAACAGCAACAACAAAACCAACAGCACUAGCAACAACACCAACAGUUCGCUAAUUCACAUAACACGUAAGUAUGUUAACUUGGUAGUUCCCUUGACAACUGGCCUUGUUUGAUUAAUUGCGCUCAAUUGAGAGAAAAAACAACAACACAUUGCUGAUAUAAAACACAAACUGAAUCACAUAUCCAGUAAAUUAUAAUAACGAUAAUAAUAUAAAAUUUGUCUUUCGGUUGGCUAAUUUUAUAAAUUAUGAUUUUCUCUUCAUCUAUUAUUAUUAUUAUUAAUAUUUUCCUCUAUUGCAUUUUUGCCCACCGCCACUAGUCUUGAAUUUCCUCUUCUUUUUUGUUUCUGUUUUGAAAACAGCGCCAAAAAUUAGAGUAGUAUGUUGUACAUACGUACUCAUAUGAUGAUGAUUAUGUGUAUGUGCACUACACUUGUUUGCCUCUGUGUGUGUGUGUGUGUGUGAAGUUGAUUAGCUCCGCUCUUUGACUGAACAUUUCGCCGAUUUCCAUUCAUGCCUUAGAGUGUUUUUUUUCUAUGCAUAAACCUUUAAAUUCAUGAUUCAUCUUCUUUGUUUAUUUUUGAGCGGAGGGUGGUUACUGCCGGUAUUCGCAUUUUUACUGUUAUUAUUAUUAUUAUUAAUGAUAAUAAUAAUAUUAUUAUUAUUAUAAUAUUCUCAUUUUAUCCCUUGUAUAUUUUCACACCUUUAGUUUGCGAGGAGGAGGGGGCUUGCCCUCCCUAGCCUUGUUUUGUUUUGUUUUUAUUUUAUCCCUCCUGUUUAUAAUAUUGUGUAUAUUUACUCAUUAUCAUUAUUAUUAUUGUUUUAUUCUGGUUACAGCUCAAACAGUUUAUUGAAUUUUUCAUGUUAUAUUUAUAAAAUCAAACAUAAUAUACUACUACGAUGUGUACACCAUCUCAAUUUCUAAUUAUUUUCAAGUAUUGAUUUUUUCUGUAGGGAUUUUGUGUUUGAUUGCAUGGAGGAUUUCACCAUGAGCUUGACAUCAGUUAGAGAACCACUGACUAGAAAACCUGGGAGUACCCACCUCCAGGGUUCGAACCUAGGACCUUCUGGCUACAAGGUGAGCUAGCUCGUAGACCAUUGAGUCACUGGGACCCCCGAUCCAAUGGCUAGUCCUUGAAUUCUAACUUCUGCCAAUUCA